AUGUCAUUUAACAUAAAUUGGAAACAAAUUGAUGAUGAAAAAUUAUCAUAUUUAUGUAAAGAUAUUCUUACCACGGCACUAAAUUCAGGUAAAUCACCAAGUAUAUUAGCUUCAAAUAUAAUUAUUAAAGAUUUAUGUUUUGGUAAAAUAGCUCCAGAUUUUGAAAUUUUAGAGAUUGGUGAAUUAGAUAAAGAUCGUUUUAGAGGUAUAUUUAAAAUUAACUAUGAAGGUGAUUUUCAUUUAACUUUACAUACAAAAGUUCAUGCAAAUCCGUUACAUAUUUAUGAAAAUAAUUCAAUUGAUUCAUUUAUAACUCCAAAUUUUGUUUUAGCUAGUCAAGAAUUUGCUAUACCAUUAGAUUUAAAAUUAAGUGAUAUAAAAAUUAGUGGGAUUGGAAUUAUUGUAUUUUCAAAAUCAAAAGGUUUAACAUUAGUUUUUAGAAAUGAUCCACUAGAUUCAAUAAAAGUAAGCUCUACAUUUGAUACUGUACAAGUAUUGGCUAAUUUUUUACAAAAACAAAUUGAAGAUCAAAUAAGAGAUUUAUUUAGAGAAACCUUACCAACCUUAAUUCAUCAACUAUCAUUAAAGUACCUAAAUUUAGAUAACAAUAUUAAUGAAUUAACAUCAAGAUUAGGUAAUAUACCAAAUACAAGCUCAACAUCAGCAUUAAAACUAGAUGACGAAGAUUUAAUUUAUUCAGCAAAAAAUUUACAACAAAGUUUACAAUUAUUCAAAUCUAGAGAAACCAUGAGUUUAAAUAUACCUAAAUUUAAAAAUAUAAUACAAAGAACUAAUCUUGAUAAAAUAAAUAAAAUAUCACACUAUCCAAAUUUAUUAAAUUCAUUAUCAUCAAAUCAUUCAGAUUUACAAAAAUAUCAAAAUCAUCAUAAUAAUGGUAUACCAAUUGAAAUAUUGAUUGAUAAUUUUAAUAAAACUGAUCAUAUUUUAAAAGAUAUAUCAUCAAUACAAGCUACAAAUUUUUAUAAACAUACUAAUAAAGAUGCACCAGUACCAAAACGAAGAACUAUUAAAAUGAAGAAGAAAUCUAAACCUUCAAGUAUGGAAUCAACAUUUGUUACAACCACACCAGUAUCAGAAGUUACACAACCAGCUACACCAGCUACACCAUCCACAACAUCUACUAAAUCAUCUAAAAUACAACAACCAACACCACAAAGAGUUAAACCACAGAAUUUAUAUGAAGAAUUUAUUAAAUCUACACAAACACCACCAGGUUAUGAUAAUAAAGUUAUAGGAGUUGGAUUAGGUAAUUCAAAUAUAUUAAAUUUUGUACCAAAUAGAGGAAUAAGUACGUCACCAAUAAAAACAGUUAAAUCACAAGAAAAGUCAAUAAAUUAUAUUGAUAUAAAUAAGAUUAAUAAGAAAUUAAAUCAAAUUAAAGAAGAAAAGAAAUUUCAGCCAGGUAUAAAUCAUCAAGAUUCAUUUGGUUAUGGUGGUAUAUUUGAAUUUACAGCACCACCACCAUAUAAAUAUUAA